UAAUCGAAAAAAAUAAAAACUAAACAAAAAAAAAGAACGCAUUAUGAGUGUCGAAGAACUAAAUCACAAAUUUGAUAAAUGGAAUCCUAUGGAAAAUGAUUAUAAAAACACCAAAUUCAACCAGUAUGUUUCUGGCCCAGGAGCAGAACUCGAUGCUGAAUUACAGCCGGGACAGCAGGCUUUACAAAGUGGCAAACGCAACAAUGCAGACAAAAAAGACGACCAGGCCUUUCCCACUUUGGUGUUUAGAAACUUGCCGGCGGACAUGACAAAGACAGCCAUGCACAAUAUUUGCUCAAAACAUGGUAAAGUUAGAACAGUCAGAGACAGCACUAAGAAUGAUUAUUAUUUUGUGGAAUUAGCUACAGUGGCCGACAUGGAAGCGGUUUUUCGUGCAUUGGAGCACAAUAACUAUGGUUUUCAAAUAUUGGUUGGCAAAAAUAAGAAUAAAAAGUCAUCAGAUAUGGAGAGAAACAAAAUUAAUCGAAAUUUAGCACCGGUACCUCCACUUAGCACUGGCAUUGAUUAUCAAAAUCGAAGCUAUCGUACAUCCAACAAACAACACCCUCGUCCCCACGUCAAGGAAGAUUCUGUAUUACAUACCAACAAUGCAACUACAGUUGACAGCGGUCUUCCGUUAAAGCUUUUAGUGGACGAUGCACAUAGCUUGGAGCGCCAGGGUCUCUAUAAAAUGUCCAAUGAUAAGAAAUUUAAUUAUCGCAAUGGUCGUUCCUAUGUAAACAUGCCGGAGAAAACCAAGAAAUUUAUCGAUAAAAAACAUUCCGAAUCGUCUGGUACUUACAAUGGCUCUGCAAACAAAUUCAUGCAUAAACCAGAACAAGGUGGUCUAAUGCCGAAGGAUUUUGCUAAAUGUUCUGUUUGUUUUUACGCGUGUGAUAAUGUCUGUGCUCGGUGCUCUCAACACUACUGCAGUACUGAAUGUCAGUUAAGUGAUUGGCCCCAGCAUCGUUAUAUUUGUGGUAAACCCAAACAUCUGCAAAAAACACCACCACCUAAAAAGCAAAAGCAAUUUGACAAAAAGUCUCUAGAAAGUUCCAAGGAAACAAACAAAGAAGCUCUCAGAUCUACUGAAGAGAAAUCAAAGAAAGGCAACGAAACAAAUCCGCAAAAACAACUCCCGACUUGUUCAAAAAGUCCUACAACAAAGCAUAAACAACCAAUCGCAACCGCAAUGGAACUCCCAAGUUGCUCAACAAAUUCUGCAACUUCUGUCAGAAAACAGCCUAAAACCAUAGAACAACAACGUACGACUACAUCAACUACAUCUGCAAAUGUUUCCAAAAUUCCACCAGCAACUAAUAAUGAUCAGGAAAAUAUGCCUCGUAGUGGCAAUAUAGUUACCAUAACAGCAAUUUCCAAAACCAAUGUUGUUUUCAUACGUUCCAAAACCUAUGAUGCUAAUUUAAGUUAUUUCAAUACCAUAGAUUCUUUACAAGCAAUUGGCAAAAUGUUGCCACCUUUAAAAGCUAUGCCUCAGUGUGGUAAUAUGGUAAUUGCUAAAUUUGAGAAUCAAUUCAAUCGUGCAUUGGUUCUGCAAGUUAUUAAUCCCGAAAAAAUUUUAAUUAUCUUUGUGGACUAUGGUAAUUUGGAGCAAAUGACAUUGGAUGAUUUGUUUGAAGCUCCCGAGGAGUUUGUUGCAAAACCACGUCAUGCCAUACCGGUUCUACUAAAAGAUGUUCCCGAUCUGCACAUGACUCAAGAAAUACGCAAAUUCAUGUACACCUAUUUGCACAAUAUCAAUGUGGAGAUACGUUACAAAGCAGAAGAUUUUCGCGAAGAAAAUAAAAUUUUUGCCGUAGAACUAAUUGAUGAAAGUACCCAGCAAAAUUUAAAUAAAAUGAUUGUAAAGCUAUCGAAACCCACAGAACCGCAAAAUACAAAUGAAAUAUGUAAUCGUGGUUAUUUGGAACAAAAAGUGUUACCCAGUGGUGAUAAUGUGGAAUUUUAUAUAAUGGACAAUUCGUUAAUGAGUUCUGGCUGUAUAUCGUGCACCAUCAAACCGUAUGUUAUAGAAAUACAAAAAUUCCAAAAAGAAUUACAGUCUUAUGCUGAAUCUAUAACCAAAGAGGCUUAUACGCCAAGAGUUGAUGAACUUUGUAUUGCCCGCUACAGUUUAGAUGGUUUAUGGUAUCGUGGUGUUUGUUUAGAGGCUGUCGGUGAUGGUCAUCCCUCUAUACACUUCAUAGAUUAUGGCAAUAUAACCAUAGUACCCAUUGAAGACAUACGUCGUUAUCCACGUCAAUUUACCUAUCCCAUUUAUACAGCCGAUUGUGAAAUUAAAGGCUUGCCUCAUGAUUGCGAUGAUAAACUUGUGGCCAAACUUGAGCUGUUAAUUCCAAACAAUGAUGUUAUUAAAUGCGAAAAUGUUACCGCUUUCGAGGGGGAAAAUUUCUAUGUUAUUUCCCUGCCUAAUGUUAUCAGAGAUCUAAUUGCUUGUGGUAUUCUUAAAAAUGACCAACAUAUAAUGUAAGCAGCAUAAAGUAGACUACAUACCCUCAUUUUUAAAUUUAUAAAAGGUUUAUAAAACAAAAUUUCCGAUUAUAAAUAAGAGACUAUAGAGACGAGACACAUUUCAUAAAAUCAACUUAAAAGCCUUUGCACAUACGUGAAUUACAAUAACAAAAUAAUAUAUAUUUUUGUACUAACAUAUUCUCAUACCUUAGACUUUUGUCAACAUACUCAGGUUUUUGACAAUUAACAUUCGUCUCUAUCCACUGUGGUUCCAAUCCCCAAAUCUAGCUGGACAAAAUUCUAAAAAUGUGUGUCUUCAGAAUAAAGAGUAAUAUAUUUUUUAUAAUAGCUUACAACUCGCUCUCAAACAUUGAAAAAUAGUGUUUUAAUUGCUCUUUUGGUUUUCAUGAGAGAAGAGAACAAAUCUUCGUUCAUAUUUCUAACAAAUUUAUGCCUAACUUAUAGUUCAUUUGUUUUAGCCAGAGCUUCGAAAAAAUUCAAUUUGAGCUUAAUUCUCUAAAAUCUUAAUUCAGAAUUAACAAAAAAUUUCAGUCAUUCCAUAAUUCCUAUAAAACUCGAUGAUUAAAUUUUAAUAUUUGUUAAUUCAAUUCUAAUUCAAAUAGAGAAUGAAAAUAUUUGUCUUUAUUUUGUUUUGCUUUUAAUCAUUUAUAUGGAUUUUAUUUUUGAUUUAUAUCUGGAUUACUAAGUCAUUAAAAGACGUUAAAAAUUAAAAAAAAAAUUCAGUACCAAAAAAUUUAAAAUUACACUCUGUUUUUUUACACUUUUACACAACAACCACAAGAAAAAAAAAAUUAUUUUUUUUUUGUGGAAUUUGUUCCAAGUGUUAAAAAAAUCAGAGUGAAAUAAUAACCUUAAUAUUUUUUUUUUACAAUUAAAUAAAAAUUUAAAAAAAAUAUUUUUCAAUUAAAUUUUGUUUACCUAAAUUAAUUAAAAUGAGCUUUAAAGUAUAAUUUGGUGUAUGGUAUACAAGAUUCAGCACAGCAGAAUAUAGCUCUCUUACUUGUUUAAUUUAGAAAUUAUUUAUAUCUAGACCGUACAGUAAAUUGAAAAAUACGUAACAUAGAGCUUUUUUAAAAAUACAUAUCGAGGGUUUAUAUUCAAAUAGUGCUAUUAGCAAAAUCAAUAUUUUACAGGAGAGCGAAAAAACUGUUUUUUUCUAAAAUUUAUUUUACAAUUUUAUUUAAAAACUACGUCUAAAUCCUACAUAUGUUAAUGUUUUUUUAAUUCCUGAUAUUCGCGCUUAUAUGUUAGAUAGCAGUUUAUACAAGUUGAUAUUAAGAUACAUGUUAAAAGAAUUUGAAAUAAUUUUUAAUUAAUUUUAUAUUAAACCAUUUUCCAAUGCAACAAACAAUUAAUCUUUACCCGCAUGUUUUAAAUUAUCAUAAAAAUAAUGAUAUUCUUUCAAUUCUUGUAAAUACUUCCAAUUGUUUAGUUGAAUAGGACAUAGUUCUACAUACGUGAAGAAGUUCGUGGUUUUUAGAAAGUUUAUACAUAAAACUAAUCUGCUUUCGAGAAUUUUCCACAGAAUUUCUUUUUGUGGGAAGCUGUCUACGUGGGUCUUUAAAAAAAAACUUGCUGACUUUCUCAGAACGUUUCAAAUGUAGGUUUGAAUAGUGUAUAAGCAUAUACACCAUUAUUAUAAUAAUAAGAAUCUACAUAACUGAUUCUAUAUGUGGUCAAAAUUUGGUGAAAUUCUACUUUCACAAAGUGGGUCAAAACAUCAAUUGAAAUAUUACUUUUGUUCUAGAUGUCUACUAACACAAAAAAAUAUAUAAAAAUUAAAUGGCCCAUGUUUGUAAUUCCAUCACGUGAGAACGUCUGGAAAGAUUUGGCUGAUUUUUUUAUUCGAUUCGAAAUUUUCAGGAGAUGAUUUGUAAAGAAAAAAAUUAAAAAAUUCGAAAAUUUUAAUUUUUAGGAGCCUAUUAUGAACUAAAUUCGAUUUUCGACUGUAGUUUGGUAUUAUGGCGCACAUUCGUUGCUUACAACCUUAGACCUGGUAUUUGGUCCACCAAAAACAAAUAUAAAAAAAGAAAUACUUACAUUUUCAACAAUUUUUUUUAAUUUUAUUUGCAGUGUCGAAAGCAAAAUUGUGUUCGUUGAAAAACUCGAUGCACAACGAAAUUUUCGACAGCAAUGCCAACUUAUAAUACGAAUUUUACAUUCGAUAGUCCAUAUUCGAUAGACAACGAAUAUCGUUUGUCGGCCUUAAUAUAUUGCCUUCUUUUCACUUCUCACUUUUUCAUAAUAAAAUACAUUUUUGGAAACUUGAAGAACUAACAUUAGUAAAUAGCUACCUGGUCAUGUAGUUUUUUAUUAAAAACUACUUUUAUUAUUUUAUACACAAAUAUUUGUUAUGUAGAUAGCACUUUUUUUACUAACAAAAUAACUUGUGUGCUAGAUACAUAGAGAAUAGACAUAGAGCGGAAACUCUCCUGUCAAAGACCUAAUUCAAUUUCAAAAACCUAAGUGGUGAGAAUGUAUUAGUAGAAAAAUUUAUGUGAAAACAAAAACAACACUCAUAUGUGUGAUUAUUUUGAGUAACUUUAUUGUUUGAGUUUUUUUCUAGUUUCCGCUCUAUGUUUCUCUAUAGCUAGAUAGCACAAUACAAAUUUUAUGAAAAAAAGCAUUGGAAAAAUUUAAUAAGCCCUCGAUAUAGAAAAGCCUCUAAAUAAAUUUGUCCAGCUAGAUUUGAAUUUGGAACCACUGUGCUUAUCUUACGCUAUGGUAAGAUUUUUAUUAUAUUUUGGUUAAACAAUUCUAAAUUUUUACUAAAUUACUAUUUUUAUACCUGAAAUACAAUCAUAAGAAACUAUUUUAUAAAUUAACCAAUUUUUAUAAAUUUGUCAUAAAAUAUUUAAAAUUAUAUCGUCUUACCCCCAUUAACACGAAGCCUGGUUAUGCCUUAACUAAUAGUUAUACUGUCGGUUAAAAUUAUUUUUGUAUGAAAACUGUCAGUAUAACUAUUAAUUUGCCUUCGUGUUACUUGGGGUUAAAAUAUCAAAAUGUUUCUACUUUUAAUAUACUACAUAUACAGUGCACUCGCGAUAAUAUGAACACCCCAAAAUGUGAACACUUUUUACUUCCAUGGGCUACUCUAAAAUAUGAACUUACUGUGCAAAAGCUUUGAAAUAUGAAAAGCUUAUUUUUCCUUUUUAACGUAUUUUAUCUAUCUACACAGAUUUGAAAUCUAAAUCAACAGGGAAGUGGCUAAAUUCUAAUUCAACAGCAUAAUAAUUUGGGGAUUUCCCUAGCUGUAGAUGGGAAUUAGAUGCCAUUCGCAAAUACAAAACAAUCUUGCAAAAGUGAACUGGCCUGGUUUUAAUUAGUUCAUAUUAGCGCGAGUGCACGUAGUUACACUUAUUGAAAUCUUAAGAAACUUACUUUGACUUUGACUGUAACUAUUGAUAAUUUUUUCUCUUAAAAUCUUAAUUUUAAACUUUCUUAUAAACUUGUUAAUAAAUAAUUUUAUUUCAAAAUUUAUUUUCUUAUUUUCUCUUUAUUAACAACAAAAUUAACAACCAUUUUGCUGCAUGUUAAAAUUAAUUGUAUAACAAUAAACCUUUAAAACUUGUGUACCUUUUCAAAAAAAUAAAACAAAAAAAUUUCUAUAACAUAAAUAAACUUAAAAACAAUUGGCUAAUGUAAAAAAACAA